AGGGAGUUUCACCCUUUUUUUUUUGCUUUUCGUGCACAAAGAUCGCAGUCACAUCCAGGAGUUAAACAGGAGGAUGUUAUUUCCAAGGAUGUCUUUUCAGCCACAGAACUUAAGAGCGAGGACGCAGAUGGAUUUUGCUCAUGUGCUGCGCGUAGAAGUGAUGAUGGAAGUGUUGGAUGGCAACAGACUAAAAGUUGUGUGAUUUAUUUAUUUAUUUAUUUUUACCUGCUUCGGAGGCAGCGGACAGCUUUGAGCCAUAAUCACAAAAGGAUGGAGCGCAAAACCCAUUAGAGAAUCAUGCACUGUUCGUAUCUAUGGAGAGAUGGCAUGCGUCCUCCUCUUCAGUCGACUCCUUCCCUUCUCACACAGGCUCACAAGAACAUCCAUUUGCUUACUAUCCCUUUUUAUCUCAUAUUUAUGCUACUGUGUGUUAUUCCCCGCUGACACCAUCAUGCAGAAGUCAGGUGAUCCUCCGCCCAGCUGUCAGCGCGUCCUGGCCGAUGGAGGCAAAAGGCGCCUGCACAAAUCCCUGUCGUGCGUCCUGCCGCGGGAACCCAAACCCAACAGCGUCGACGCGUCUCGGAUCAAACCUUUAACCAGUCUGCACACAGUCAGGAACGACACACCCAGCCCUCCUUUGGGUAAUUUAAAGUUUGGGAAUAAAAAGUUACCAAAUGCCAUUAUAGUCGGGGUGAAAAAGGGAGGAACCAGAGCUGUUCUGGAGUUUAUUAGGAUUCAUCCAGAUGUUCGCGCAGCUGGAACCGAAACGCACUUUUUCGACAGGAACUAUGACAGAGGACUGGAGUGGUACAGAGGUUUAAUGCCAAGGACUCUUGAAAGCCAAAUCACGAUGGAGAAGACGCCAAGCUACUUUGUGACAAAAGAGACGCCGCAUCGGAUCUCCGACAUGUCCCGAGAUACAAAGCUUAUUGUGGUGGUACGUGAUCCUGUCACACGUGCAAUAUCAGAUUACACCCAGACUUUGUCUAAAACUCCUGAGCUGCCGAGCUUCCAGGAGCUAGCAUUCAGAAACCAGAGCCUGGGCAUCGUGGACACAUCCUGGAACGCCAUUCGGAUCGGCCUGUACGCUCUGCACCUUGAAAACUGGCUCCGCUUCUUCCCUCUGGCUCAGAUCCACUUUGUUAGCGGAGAGCGUCUUAUCACAGACCCAGCAGGAGAGUUGGCACGGGUACAAGACUUCCUCGGGUUGAAACGUAUAGUGACAGACAAACACUUCUAUUUUAACCGUACCAAAGGCUUCCCUUGCCUUAAAAAGCCAGAGAGCAGUGGCUCGCCCCGGUGCCUGGGCAAGUCCAAGGGUAGGACUCAUGUGCAGAUAGACCGAGAUGCUAUUGAACAGCUGCGAGAUUUCUAUAGGCCGUACAAUGUCAAGUUUUAUGAAAUGGUAGGUCAUGAUUUUAAGUGGGAGUGAUGUAUUUUUAAAAAGACGGAGAAAGAUUUAUGUAUUCAACGAAUGUUCCUCCAGAAAUUGUUUGUCGACUGUGAUACGUCUUGGCUAAUCUGGGUAACUAACUAUCAGCAGUUUCCAGACAGGUUUGAGGUAAAACAGCAGAGGCAGUAUUAUCUUUUGAAGUGUUCCUACUAAAAAGAGUCAAAUCGAAGAUGAUACUGCACUUGUAAUGAUCAGUUACCAGCCAGCAUCAGCAUCCUGUUUGUUGCUAAAUAGAGCCAUCAUUCCAGCUUUAGGAUCACAUUAUUUCUGUUCCUGUCUAUUUUUGCUGACUAGAUUCCCUAUUUGCUGACUGGUUUAUAUAUAUAUAUAUAUAUAUAUAUAUAUAAAAAAGAGGAAUUUCCAGGGACUGGGAUUAGUUCCUCUUAAAACCUGCUUCACUAAUCAAGGCAGGGUUUGAAAGCAAGACCUUGGAAAAUGUCAGUGAAGUCUUCAGGGAGAGCAGAAUUAAGCUGCAGCACUGUGGUGGUAAAUCUGAAAUGUAAAGCCAUACCACAAGAAUGAACCAGCGAAUAUUACUUAGAUUAGAUAUUCUCCAUUUCAGGUAAUAAAAAAAAAAAAAAAAAAAAAAAAAAA